UUCACAAACUAUCCCAAAAAUUUUCCUUUAAUCUUUUCCAUUAAUCCAGAUUUUGCUAAACCCUAAUUCUUCUUUAGUUCUGAAUUUGCUGAGAAAAUGCCAUUGUUUUCUGAUGCAGCGAGCGCGAUUAAGUCCAGAUUCAGAUAUCACGACCAUGCUUCUUCAUCCUCGUCGGAAGUUUCGUCGGCGAUGCCGGCAGUUAAGAGCACCCCGGAUCUGAUGUUUAAGUCGGCGACGAAGGAAGCGAACUCCCUGACGAUUAGGAGUUUCAGCGAGAGUGGUUUUAAUGAUGAUGAUGAUUCCAAAACUACGCCGUUCGUUAGGAGUUUCGAGUUUCACGACGACCCCUCCUUCUGGAAGGAGCAGAAUAUUCAGGUUAUUAUAAGAAUUCGUCCUUUGAGUAGCUCUGAGAUAUCAUUGCAAGGACAUGGCAGAUGUGUCAGGCAAGAUAGUUCUCAGGCAAUUACUUGGACAGGACAUCCUGAAUCACGUUUUACCUUCGACCUUAUUGCAGAUGAAACUGUUAGCCAGGAGAUGCUAUUUAAAGUGGCUGGGGUACCCAUGGUGGAAAAUUGCAUGGGAGGCUACAAUAGUUGCAUGUUUGCUUAUGGCCAAACUGGAAGUGGGAAAACUCACACGAUGCUUGGAGAUAUAGAGGGAGGAACCAGAAGACAUAGCGUCAACAGUGGGAUGACACCUAGAGUGUUUGAGUAUUUGUUUUCAAGAAUUCAAAAGGAAAGGGAGGCACUGAGAGAGGAAAAACUAAGAUUUACUUGCAGAUGUUCUUUUCUAGAAAUAUACAAUGAGCAAAUUCUUGAUCUUUUGGAUCCUUCCUCUGUGAAUCUACAGAUAAGAGAAGAUAAUAAGAAGGGAAUUUAUGUAGAGAAUCUUACUGAGGUAGAAGUGACAAGUGCUCGAGAUGUGAUUCAGAAACUUCUUCAGGGGGCAACAAACAGAAAGGUUGCUGCAACCAAUAUGAAUCAUGCUAGCAGUCGUUCACAUAGUGUGUUCACUUGUACGCUAGAAAGCAAGUGGGAAUCACAAGGUGUAACUCACCAUAGGUUUGCACGGCUUAAUCUUGUUGAUUUAGCUGGUUCUGAGAGGCAAAAGAGCUCCGGUGCAGAAGGCGAACGUUUAAAGGAAGCUACCAACAUCAACAAAUCUCUUUCCACAUUAGGGCUUGUGAUUAUGAACCUUGUGAAUGUAUCCAAUGGAAAGUCACUUCAUGUUCCUUAUAGAGAUUCAAAGCUCACAUUUUUGCUUCAGGACUCACUGGGUGGAAAUGCAAAAACAAGUAUCAUUGCUAAUAUCAGUCCAUCUAGCAGCUGUUCACUGGAGACAUUGAGCACAUUGAAGUUUGCCCAACGUGCCAAAUACAUAAAAAAUCAUGCUAUUGUCAACGAAGAUGCUUCAGGAGAUGUUCUUGCUAUGAGGAUUCAGAUCCAAAAUCUGAAGAAAGAAGUGGCACGUUUAAGGAGUCUAGCAAAUGGAGUAGCUGAGAACCAUGAAACUGAUCCUCUGGCAGUAUCUUUUCCCGGAUCCCCUGGAAACUUUAAAUGGGAAGGACUCAAUGGUCUAUCAAGUCCACUUACUUCUAACAAAAGAAUGUCAACUAAGAAAGAGUAUGAAGUUGCCCUAGUUGGGGCUUUCAGGAGGGAAAAGGAUAAAGACAUUGCACUAAAGGCCCUGGCUGAUGAAAGUCAGGCUGCAAUGAAGCUGGCCAAACAAAGAGAAGAUGAGAUCCAAGGUCUCAAGAUGAGAUUAAGGUUUCGAGAAGCAGGAAUAAAGAGACUAGAAGCUGUUGCUUCUGGAAAGAUCUCAGCUGAGACUCACUUGCUAAAAGAAAGGGAGGAACAUUUGAACGAAAUAGAGGUCUUACGUGCUCAGGUUGAUCGCAACCAGGAGGCGACAAGAUUUGCUAUGGAAAACCUGCGCUUGAAAGAAGAGAUUAGAAGAUUGAAAUCAUUUUAUGAGGAAGGGGAACGUGAAAGAAUGAAUGAACAGAUAAUGACUUUGCAAAACAAGUUGCUAGAAGCUCUGGAUUGGAAACUCAUGCACGAAUCAGACCCGAUUAUUGUUCAGAAAGAAACCUCUGAGCCUACACUUUCAAGUGGUGACGAUCUACUGCUUUCUAGUCAUGGCUCUGCAUCACCCUGGCGUACAUCGAUCAAUGAGGAGAAUGAGUUCCUUCGUAUGCAGGCCAUUCAGAACCAGUCAGAACUGAAUUGUCUUCAGAAGAAGCUUGAUUGCUGUGUUGAUGAAAAAGAAAAAUUGCAGAGGCAUGUAGAUGACUUGGUAAGACAACUAGAAGCUGAGAGGACUCAAGAUGCACUGAGAAAUCAGCCUGGUCUUCCUUCAAUGGCCAAGAAUCAGAUACCCAAUACUGCUCCACCUGAGCAGAUAGAACUAAAAACAAUGGUUGAUGCCAUUGCUGCAGCAAGCCAAAGGGAAGCGGAAUCUCAUGAGAUGGCCAUUUUCUUGUCCAAAGAAAAUGAUGAACUUAAGAUGAAGCUAAAAGUAUUAAUUGAAGAUAAUAACAAACUGAUAGAACUAUAUGAAGCGGCAGUUGCACAAAAUCAUGCUGAUGGUAAGGAAACUCAUAAAUCCAAAGAGCGGAUGGAAGAAGAACAAUAUCAUGACAGCCAAUUUGCUGGGGAGCAACUGGAGAUGAAUAAAGAGGUUCAGAAUGUAAAGCAUCAACUUCUGGAGAUGCAUGAAGAAAAUGAGAAAUUGAUGGGGCUAUUUGAGAAAGCCAUGCAAGAGAGGGAUGAACUUAAACGACUUCUGGCCUCCAAUGAACAGAAAAGUGUUGAGAAAAGAGGUGAGUGUGACCGCCCAGUUGAGCUUGUUGAAAUGUAUGAAGAAAAUCAUCUGAAGCUUGAAGAAUCUUUCAUGCCUGUUGAUGAGAAUGUUACUUCUAACAAAACGGGUUUCCUCGAAACAAUGAUGGAGGGUGGACAUCUUCUUAAGUUAGAAGAUAAUUCAAUAUCUGUUGAUGCAAAAAGCUUGUUGGUGGAAAGUGGUUUGUAUGAAGUAAAUGUGCAGGAUGCCUCCAGUGAAUGUUCUGUUAGUAGUCAGGACAAUGACAGGUCUGAAGAUUUGACCUGUUCUGAGAUCGCAAAUCUUGCAGAGAAUGAAGUUUCAGGGCAAAGUGCACAGCAUAAAGUUGAAACAGUCAUGCUAAAUGAAUCUGAAUCUGUAAGAGGGGACCUACUUCCGAAUGAAGCUGGUUCAUCUGAAUACAAAACCAGUUUGGGGCAUCAGGAGUCUGGUGGUAGUCCAAAAGUAGAUAACAGGUCAGCAGCAAUUUGCUUGUCAGAAGAUGUGAGUUUGUUUAGAAAGAAGCUUGUUGAAGCACAAGAGAAGAUUUCAAACUCUGCACAAAGUUUGAGUAUAUUUGGUACGCUUGAGAGAGCAAUCCUUGAGGUUGAUCAGUUAUCACAAGAAAUUGGAAGGCUAGAAAAUGGCCUACAGGUGAAACAACAAGAGUAUGCAUUAUCGAAGGUUUGUUCUACAGAGAUUCAUGAGAGGAGAGUCAUUCUUGACAAGAAGUUGGCAGCACUGAGAUACUCUUUGUCGAGCUUCUCUUCAUCAAUUAGAUAUUUUGAGCUACGUGAAGAUCAAGCAAGAGAGAAGUUGAGUGCUUCAUCGAUGCAUCUAAACCAGAAGAAACAAGAAUUGGCCCGUCUGCAAGCGUCUAAAGAUCAAAUGAUGGAUGCACAUGUAAGAAUAAAAAAAUCUGAAAUUGAAAUGCAAAACUACCUGGCUGACCUGAAGUCGAAAGUGGAGGAAGAAACACGAAGACUAGAGAAUGAUAAGGUUCUCUUUGCCAUAGAUAAUUUUGAAAAAACAGACGCCCGUCACUCACAGAGGAGUUGGCAUCUGAGUGGUAAAGCAACUGAGCUUUUGAAGUCUGAGGAAGAGAAGACAAAAUUGCAAAAUCAAGUAAAGCAGACUCGGGAAAAACUUGGGCUCGCGAGAAAGGAAAUUGAGCAUAUGAACCAUAAACUAGGGAAGGUGGAGGUUGACAUACAAGUUGUCAGUAAUGAGAUAGAAAAUACUCUGCAGUCAGUGGAAGAGAUGGGCAACAAGCUUCAGGGCAUCAUUAAAGAAAGAGAGAUGCUUUUAGAGAUGAAAGAAAAUGGAAGGGAUGAAUUUGAGAACAUGAUACUCGAGUAUCAUCAACAUAUGUUUGAAACUGAACUAAAAGAGGAAGAAUUGAGGAUCUUGGAUGAAGAGGUGCAGUCAGAAUCAAGUAAAAUAGAGGACUUAAUGAGAGCAAAAGCAGUAGCAACGGAGAGAAAAUCACAGUUGUUGGAGGCAAUUGCUUGCCAUUCCUGCUUUGUGUCUGACAAGAUUGAGGAGGAUCUUCAUAGCAUAAGGAUGUCAGUUAUGGAGUUGAAUUCAUUACUUAAAUGAGUGUUGAAGGAUUUGAUAAUUCUUUUGUUAAUGCAGUUUCCUGACUGCAUGAUUUGCAAACCUGCUCAAUUUUUUUUUUUUUUUGUUAAUAUGGAUCGUCUCACCCCAUGCUUGUUGUAAUGUAUUGCCCGAUCUGAAGUUACCCUGACUUGUGCAAAUUGUGCACUACUAUAGGGAUAAUAUCAGAAACCUUCCUUGAGGUUUCUCUUAAUAUC